AUGAUAGCGAUUCGACAGAGGGUAGCUCGAGCGGUUAGUAGCGAUAGAGAAUAACAGUGUGUGUGUUGGUGACGGUGGUGGGGAUGACGGCGAAGGGUUCGGCGUUGGUCGUGUCAAGCGUUCGGUACUCCUCGGUAGUCAGUCGUCCGACAGACGCCGCGCCGCGAGCAUCUAUCGUCGUAAUUAUCUCUUAUUAAAGCUUUUACCCUUUCGAGACAGGGGAUACACGAUAACACGUCUAAUUGUCCUAACUUCCCUAGAUCGUUAUUAUCUUCCUAUUUUUCCUUUAUUUCAUUGAUUUUAUCAAAUCAUUUCUCUCUCUCUCUCUCUCUCUCUCUUUCUCUUUAUUAUUAUUGUCGUCGUCGUCGUCGUCAUCGUUGUGUGUGUGUGUGUGUGUGAUCGUAUAAGAGGAUAGAUCAAACGAGAUAUAGAAUCAAAAAAAAAAAAAAAGAAAACAAAAAAAAGAAAAAGAACAAGGAAAGAAAAGGAAGAUAAUUUUAUCAACAAGGAAGGAUCAUCGUGAAGCCUUCGUAUAAGUGCAAGCAAGGUCAUUGCACUUUAACUUGUUCUUGUUGAAUUUCCUCUCUUUCUCUCUCUCUCCCUCACACACACACACACACCACACACACAACAAAAGUGCACGUACGCACACACGUACACAAAGAAGAAGAAAAAGAAGCUGAUACCGUUAACUCAAAUCUCAAUUUUCCACGAAAAAGAAGGAAGAAGAAAAAGAAGAAGAAAAAGAAGAUAGAGAAAAAAGGUCAAAUUGACAGAAAUUAAAAAGUCCAACCUUUUUAAUCUUACAUAAAUUUAUCUAUCAUUGAUUAUAUAUAUAUAUAUAUAUAUAUAUAUAUAUAUAUAUAUAUAUUUGAGUUAAAUUAAUUAAAUACAAUUAAUAUUGAUAUUGAGAGGACAUAGAAUUAGAGAGAAGGUGGAGAAGGAAGAGGAGUAGAAGGAGGAGGAGGUGGUGGUUUGCACGUAUAUACGUUUGUAUAAAUCUAUUAAAAAGAUGCGUACCGUGAGCGAGGUUAUGAAAAAUCGUGCGAUCAGCUGACUAACCGAACUAUUUGGUGUUACGAGCUACGCCAAAAGGAACAACGACGGACGGUUACGAACGUCCUCCAUUCGGAAGAAUUCUUCUCAAGAAGAACGACGGAGGAGUUUAUCGAGCUGUUCCGUCAUGACGUUCGGGACGCCUUUCCACAACGAGAAAUCUCGUUUUGCCAUCGAUGCUACCAAUAGACCCGGCGCAAUGGCGACCGAAGAGGGGAUGCUGAGUGGUGGUUUCGGCUCGAAAUUGAAGUGCCCAACCCCGAUUUCACGUUUGAGAGUGGAAAAGAUCGAGGGUGGUCUAAUGGUUGCCGGGGUUGUAAUAGCAGCGAACUGCCAGAUUGCUCUUCCGGCAUUUGGAUUUCUUUUCAUGCUCGUCGGCGCUGUUCUCACUGCCGCUUCGUAUCGUGGCCCCGGCGAAGACGAGGAUAAGGACUCGUAUGCAGCUCGUAUAGCAUUCACCGGAAAUUCACGUAUACUCGGCCCGAUAUGUAUCGUCGUUGGUGCCCUUAUGCUUGCCCUAGGUAUACUACUAUGCAUGCUUACGAGACGUGCGAGAAGAAGGGAACGCAGAGUUGGCUUCCACUGUCCCUUACACGGGGAUUUCUACCCUCUCAGUCCGGUUCAAAGUGUCAAGAUGCUUGGUGUCUCAGGGAAAAGUGCCAGCGGAUGGCCAAGGAUACCCUGUUUGAAAAGUCGUACGAUGAGUAAGGCCGGUGCAAAUGGUUCACACGUUGGUCCACCCCAAUGUCCGCAUUCUGUAUUAAGCAGCACAAGAAGUUCAGUGAGCAGUUCACCUUUGAGUCCUUGCCCUACGCCGAUGCCGUUCCUCGUCACUUCCGGUUCCGUCAGCAGUGGCAUGGUGCAAAAUGUUGGAGCCAAUUUGUCACCAGAUCAAACAUUUGGAUCAAUUAGAUCACUUUCAGUUACAAGAGAAGUCGCAAGUUUUCCGUUGUCACGGACACCCACACCACCUCCUCAACAUAGGCCGUCGUUGUUGCAACCGAACAACGAUGAUCUCGUCAUUGGAGUUGGUAGUCCAUUGAGAGAGGCCUCACCUAGACCGGAAGUGCGUGUUGUGGCACCAGCCCAUCGACCUCCAUCCGGGCUUAUUGCACAUCAACCAAUGACAGCAAACAACCUCGUGUCACCUAGUAUGACGAAUUUAACGACGAUGACGACGACGACAACAACGACGAUAAUGAUGAUGACAACGACAACAUCGACGACAUCGCCAAUUACUACAAUGACCGGUUCUAAGGCGUCCUCGUUGCCGCCAUCGUCGUCAUCAUCAUCGUCGUCGUCGUCGUCAUCAUCGUCGUCGUCGUCAUCGAUUACGAGUACGAUUGCGAGUGCGAAGAUGAGGACGACGACGACAGGAACGACAGCUACGACGAAUCGUAAGUCGGUGAGCAUAUUACUUCCGGAACACACAAGUGGAUGACCCCAACAACAUGGCUUCGUGCACCGCUGCGACGACGAUCCCCUUCCAAUUUAAGACAUUUAAUGAAGGGUUUAGCUUUAAACGAAAAAAAAAAAAAGGAGAAAGAUGGGGUAAAGGGGAUGGGAAGAGGGAAUGAGGUAGGAUGGGGAGGGAGUCACGAAGAGAAAAGAGAAUAAUGAACCCAGACUUUUCUUUCUCUCUCUCUCUCUCUUUCUCUAUUUCUAUCUAUCUGUGUAUCUAUCUAUCUAUCUAUCUAUCUGUCUCUUUCUCUCCUUAAGACUUAUUCUUUUCAACUCCUACAUACUUGUACUCCUACGUUUGCAAUUAUCAGGACAGAGAGAGAGAGAGAGAGAGAGAGAGAGAGAGAGAAAGGGAGAGAGAGAGAAAGAAAAAAUCUAUCAUAUAGCUACCUACGCUCCUGUGUUCCCAAUAUAUAAAAAGAAAAGAAGACAAAGAGAAAAAGAGAGAAAGAGAGAGAAAGAGAGAAACAAAGAAAUCCAUUCCGAGCUCUAAUUCUGAACUCCAAAAGUCUAGAAAGAGAGGGAGAGAGAGAGAGAGAGAGAUAAAGUGAGAGAAAGAGAGAAAGACAUGAUUGAGGAUGAAAAUGUGUGAAAAUUAAAAGAUGGAGACAGAGAGAAAGGAAGAGAGAGAGGGAAAGCAAGAAAGAGGGAAAAGAGAUCAAUUUAAUCAAAGAGAGUGAAAGAGUGAGAGAAAGAGAGAACGAAGCAAUCGUGCUGUCAAUGAAACUGUUUCGUUCAACAACUUCGUUGUCUCAUUCCUGGAUCUUUCUGCCAUGACGUAGAUAGAGGUGAAAUAAAGUUCCGGAUGAUAAAGGAGAAAAGAAGAAAAAAAAAAAGUUAAACUC